AUAACAUUAAGGUAGGUUGCAUCACCGCACAGUCUCCCCACUAACUACAAUCUGACAGUUUCUCAGGUGAGGCAACACGGUACAGGAGCUCUUUGACUUUCUCUCGAGUUUCAGCGCGCAUUUCUCUGUGAGCCUGGGGUUGCUUAACUCAAAAACCAUUUACCAGAAGCCCUCACACCACGGCACCAUGAGCAAAAAGAAAAAGGAAUGGAGAGCGGAGAAAGAGCACUUACUCAGUCUUGGUUUAGAGGAUAGGCGCAAAGAUUAUCGGGGAAACUAUGUGCCACUGGACAAGAUUCCCACCUGGGCAAACCAUGACAAUAACACAGCUACUGAGGAAGAAGAACAGAAGUCGUUCUCCUUGGCUGACAAAGUGUCUCUGUACAAAGGUGACAUUACCAUCCUGGAGGUGGAUGCCAUAGUGAACGCUGCAAACUCUUCUCUGCUCGGCGGUGGAGGAGUGGAUGGCUGCAUACACAGAGCCGCGGGUCAUCUCCUGUAUGAAGAGUGCCACUCGUUAAAUGGCUGUGAGACUGGAAAAGCCAAAAUCACCUGCGGCUACGACCUUCCUGCUAAAUGCGGUUAUAUGUGCUUACACACCAGACAACCUUCAGCCUGGUUGGAUUUGACACAUGGCGUAUUGGGGGGAUGAAGAACGCUGUCUCUUUGCGAUCCCUCAUCUCCCUGUAUGUGUGGCUCCAUCAAACCCAGACUAUUAGAGUCUGAUCCAGCUCUUCGUUUGGAAGCUCUAAAACUCUCCAGUGGUUCCCUAGCAACAGCUGGAAGCCGUGUUCCCGUUUUCACUGUAUCUCUCUGUUGCCUAGUUACGCAAGCUUAGACACAACCACAACGUUUGAUUGCCAUCCAGACUUGUGCCGCUUGAUUUCAGGCGCUAGAUUGAUAGACUAUAAUCAUGGAGAUGUUUGUUUCAGAUAGAGGAUGAUGGCGCAGCUAGAUCUGUGUUCAGUGAAUCAUUUUUCAGUUACAGACAUUUAUGUCGCUUUAUUUUCUGUUCACUUAAAAGUUAUACAGAAGGAAUGUACCGAUAUUAAAUAUCUGGCUGAUACAGAUAUGCCGAUAACUAUUUUCUU